GCUGCCAUGGCAACGGCCGGGUCCGCGAGGGGAAGGAGCGGCGGUUAAACGGCCGCCUGGCGCUGGGGUUCCGCAGUUGACCCUCCGUCCCUUCAGCCAUGGCCUUACGGAAGGGGCCCCUGCUGUUGGUGCAGCUGACCGCCAACAAACUCCAGAGCCAGGUUGAUACCUUGUUGAAGGACGUUAAGCAGCCUGAUAAAAGAGAGAAAGUUUAUGAGAGAUGCAUCCUACUAAAGAAAUCAGUGGAUGAAACCUUGCAGACACUACGCAAGUUGAAGAAAUCAAAUGAACUUUCUCUUGUGAGUAACUAUGAUCAACGGAAGCGAAAUGAAGAGAGACGGCUGAAAGGCAUGUCGGAAUUACUUCAGGAAGUUGCUCGGAGACUAAAUAAAGAGCUUACCAAACAGAAAAUGGAUGAAACUGACGACAAGAAGAUAAAGACCCAGGCUACUGCUGUGAAACGAGAAACUGUGGAAGGUGAUGAUGAUGGGGAUGUGGAAGAUGAGGAAAGUGAUGAUGGAGAGGAAUUUGAUAAACAAGACGGUGUUCAACUAUUCAUUACAAUCUGUGACUUUGAAGCUCAGGAGGAAAAUGAUCUGGCAUUUAAGAAAGGUGAAGUUUUAAGAAUCCUCAAUCAAAAACCUGAUGGUUGGUGGCUAGCAGAAAAUGCUCAAGGGGAGGAAGGCUUGGUCCCUAAAACUUACUUGCAGGUGCACAAACAGAGUAGUAAGGAUAUCACAACUGAGGGCGGUGAUGAAGAAGAAGAUGAUGAUGACGAUGACUAUGACGAUGAUGAAGAUGACGAUGAUGAAGAAAGUGAAGACGAAUUGGAAGAUGAGCUGCAAAAUGUUAAACAAGUACCUGAAGCACCCAGUGAAAAAUCACAAUUACACAGGAUUGCUGUCAAAAAGAUUGUUUCAGAGAUUAAUGCCACAGAAGGGCUAAUAUCAAUGGGAAAUAUUCCAGAAGGAUUCAGAGCAUCAACACUUGCACAGCUGUUAGCAGAUGGAAAUGAAUUCCAUAUGAGUUACUAUUUGCAGCCUAAGUUAACACAGUCCAAAUUGUGCUUUAAAGACCUUCACUGGGACAGAGUACAUGGUGGUGUCCGUCCAAGGAAAACACAUAUAUCACAUAUGUUUACAUUGUGGAGCUGUAGAAUGGUUCCUUUACCUGGGUCUACUGUGCAGGUGCUAAGCAGGCAGGUUCGUUUCUGCCUUUUUGAUGGUCAAAGGGUUCUCAGCAACAUACAUACAAUCAGAGCAACCUGGCAACCAAAGAAUCCCAAAACAUGGACUUUUUCUCCAAGGGUUACUGGCAUACUUCCUAGCAUGGUGGAUGGUGAUUGCUUUGUUCGGUCGAAUUCCCAGUCUUCAAAUAUUGGUAUUCUGUUUGAGCUAGGUGUUACCUACUUUCGUACUGCAACUGGACACCAAGGGGAGUUAAGUUGUGGAUGGGCUUUUCUGCAGCUGUUUACUGCUAAUGGAGAUGCUGUUCCUCACAGGACUUAUGAAAUUAUACUGAAUGGUGGAACACCUUAUGAAAAAGGUUUAGAAGUGGAUCCAACAGUUUCCAAGAGAGCUUCUUUUUUUCAACAUUUGAUGGUGUCCAGAAGACAACCUAAGCUGCUGGUGAAGCUGAGGUCACCAACCAGAAAAAUGAGAGCUAUUCUCAACUUACUUCCAGAAACUCUAGUUGGCCCAAAUUGCUACAUCCACCUACUGGCAUUCUAUCGACAGUUACUUGCUGAUGCACUUCUUAAAGACAGACUUAAUGUGCAAAAAGCUGAUCUCAUCUGUAACCCAGUGCUGGCGACAUUUCCAGAACUGCUGGAACAAACUGAUAUUUUAGAUGCUCUUAGGAGUGCAUGGUCUGAAAAGGAAGCAACUCUCAGCUGGUCAGUGAAGAGGGAUGCAACAUUUCUGAAGAAUUUAUUUGUCCAAGUGUACCAUGACACUGCGUAUCCUCUUCUUCGUUCUACAACACUACCAGCAAACAAAUGGGUCGAUGAUGAAGUCGAAAUAAGCCGCUGGAAGGCCAUUGCUAACUUUUUACAAGAAAGCCAAGAAAAAAAUGGAUCCCUAUACAGCUUGCUUUCUCCAGAACAUGCUUACCAAGUUUUUGAUAUUGCAGAGAUAAGCUAUGAUUUCCUGGGAAUGGGUAGAAAUACUGUUCCUGUAAAUUGACUCAUGAUUUCCAUAUUAAAGGGGAAUAGUAUCACAGUUAGUAUUGGUGAACAUUUCUCCAAAUUUAUUAGAUUACAGGCAAGUGGCAUGAGGCUUUAUUAGUCAUCAGAAUUUUGAUAUAGUUCAGGCUAUUUAUUGAAGGCCUUUCACAUCUCUACUAGUGCUGGUUUUUUUGGUAUUUCCUUGCCAGAAUUCUUUGGAUAACUCCUUUUCAAAGAUAAUACUGCAUUUAUGUUACAGCUCUUUGUCAUAGAUUUGAACUCAUGACCUUAGAAUUGCUUUUUAAGUGUUAAAACUGUAGUAUCUGUCCUAAUAUUUGUACCUUUACAGAAACCCAACUGUGGCCUAAUCAAUGUGUUAUCCUAAUCAUACAGAACACUCACUCGGCGUUCUUCAUGGAGACCUAUAUAUAGACCAAAUUAUUAUGUUUGUAAAAUAAAAACGUAAAAAUAGCUAGGCUAAGUGUAUUCUGCAUUUGACAGGGCCAGUAGGUUAGAAUACCUGAAUACAUCAAAUCCUGUUAUUUAUCAUGGGAGUCUAGGACUUUUGCUAGGGUUCAUUUGAUCUUAUUUUACACUUUUCUAUGAAAAUCCUGACGAUAUUCUUUUGAAACAUAUACUCCAGUUAACUAUUAUAAUAUAUUAAACACUACUGUUUACAGCCUUAAUUGAUUAGGUCGAUUCAUUUACAAAACAUUUUAUGAAAUGUAUUUUUUUUUGUGAAAGGAGAUUAUUUUUGCAGACGUUAGAUAUGGUAUUUGCCAGUGAACUUCAUGAUGUUGGUAACAUUAACAGAUGUAUCUAUUUAUUUUUAUUCUCUUUUUGUAAGCUAAUAGAUAAAGGACACUUGCUUAAAAGUGAUGACCUAUUUUCAGUUAAAUGACACUAACUCAUCAUAGACUUGAAGGGACAUUUGUAAAUGUGUACAUAAUUAAUAAUAAAUUCAAGGUGUACAAGAUGUUAGGAUAAGAUUUUUUCAAAAUGGUUUGAUCAAGUAAUGUGUGACUGAUUACUGGAGCAAAACCCUAUGAAUUGGGAGCAGAAGUAGGCCAUUUGGCUCUUUAAACUCUUCACCAUUCAGUAUGAUUAUGGCUAACCUAUUUAGGUUCUGAAUGCCAGACCAUGGCAUUUAUUUAAGGCUGAGUUAGAUGGAUUUUUUGAUCUGCAAGAGAAGCAAAGAUUGG